AUGGCGCUUCAACAUUUCAGCCACAGACAUCCACUUGUGUUCGUCGAAAAGAAGAGCCCUGAAAGUGAGAAGGCUUACUGCUCGGCAUGUGGGGAGCUGAUUUCUGGACCCAGCUUCAGCUGUGCCGACUGCGGGUUUUGCCUUGACAAGAUGUGCGCCGAGGCUCCAGCUAAGGUGAAUCACCCUCUUCAUCGAGAACACAGCCUUCAACUUCGUGUAAGUCUACCAUAUAGAUCUUUCUGUGGUCUUUGUGAAAAAAUAUUGGACAAGUUUGCUUAUCGUAAUCGUGUACUUGACCUUCAUAUCAAAUGUGCAUUGCUUUCCAAAAGCAUUGCUGAAAAGGGUUUUGGAAUGCUUGAAGAUGUUCCCCAGAAAGAUGCAUUGGUCUCCGUUGAAAACUUUCCAGAAAAGGCGAAUGAUGCUCUGUGUUGUGCAUGUAGCAAGUGGUCAUUGGAUUCUGCAUACUUUGAUCUUGGAAAUGGAAUUCUCCUCCAUAAGAAAUGCCUUGAUUUGCCUCUUGAAAUCAACCAUUUUCUCCAUACCCAACAUUCUCUAAUUUUGCAGUUCAAUACUGAAUAUCUCCCUUGUCAAAUAUGCCGAAGUAUCCGAGGCCUGAGAUUUGUUUAUUGUUGUUCACCUUGCAAAUUUGCGGUUCAUAUAUCAUGUAUUGAGCUACCAACGAAAAUCAACCACCUUUGCCACCGCAACCAUCCUCUCUUUCUGCAAUCCAAUUCAGAAUCUCUCCCCUGUAAAAUCUGUCAAAAAACCCAAGAUCAAGGAUUUGUUUAUUCUUGUUCCACGUGCAAGAUUUCGCUUCAUGUUAAUUGCGCAACCCCACCAGCUAUUGUGAAAGGUGAAAUCCAUGAACACCCAUUCACCUUGUUUUGGAAGCGAGUCCCAUUCAUUUGCGAUGCAUGCGGCACAGAGGGGAUAUGUGCUUCUUAUACUUGUUCUAAAUGCAGUCUUACAGUCCACAAAGGUUGCAUUUCACUGCCACGCAUCCUCAGGUUUCCACGACAUCGCCAUCGGCUUUCCCACACCUUCGUCCUUGGGCAACAUGAGAUUAAAACACGGAAAUGCGAAGCUUGCCCUGAAGAGGUAAAUGCUGAGCAUGGGGUUUAUUGUUGCGAUGAAUGCGAUUAUAUAGUCCAUGCGAAUUGUGCAAAACAAUAUAGUUGGUUCAGCUUUGAUGAGUCGGAAGACGCAGAUGAGCAACUUAAAGCUAAGUCAGCCUUUGUUGUUAUCAAGGAGACUGAACUUGGAGAGGACACUGCAGUAGCUUCGGAGAUAAAACAUACAAGACAUCAGCAUAACUUGGUUUUGAGCGAUGAUUCCGAGGGUGAUAAAGUUUGUGACGGUUGCAUUUCAUCCAUCUCAACUUCAUUUUACUAUUGUUCACAAUGUGAUUUCUAUUUUCAUAGAUCGUGCGCCGAAUCACCGUUGAAGAAGUACCUUUGGUUUCAUUUUCACCAACGUCCCCUUAUCUUGACUUUAGCAGGUCGUGUUUUUCGGUGUCGACAAUGCCGGUAUCAGUUCUAUUCUGGCUUUGCCUACAAAUGCAGAAUGUGUGAUGAAGAUUAUUCUUAUUUCUGCCUUGCAUGUGCUCUAGUUUCUGAUACUCCCACAUUGCCAGGGCACGAACACCGCCUUUCCUAUUACGAAUCCAAAAGAGGGCUGUGCAGUGGAUGUGGAGAUCAGUUAGAUGGCGCAUUUACAUGCAGAGAUUGUAAUUUCGCUGUGGAUUGGAAGUGCCUCAGGCUUCCCAACAAUAUUUUACACAGGUGCGAUGAUCAUCCUCUCAUCCUCACCUAUCACGAGGAUAAUCUUUAUUCGAAAUACAACUACUGCGACGUAUGCGAAAGGCGUAAAGAAUAUACGAACCAGUCGUUUUACCACUGUGCAAUGUGUAGAACUUCCGCUCAUCGCCAGUGCGCCGUGAAGGAGUACACAUUUAUGAAGCUGGGGGGUUCCUAUAGAUUGAGGAAUCAUCCACACUCAGUCACUUUCACCCGCAGUAUCUCUACAUGUCAUAUGUGUCAUCAACCUUGCCUUGAUCUGUCUCUUGAGUGUUUACACAAUGGAUGCGACUACAUUGUUCACUGGGAUUGUAUAACAUCUUCACUGCAGAUUCAUUCUUGGGAUUCCUCUUACAUAAGGCGGGAAGAUGCAGGAACUUCAUGA